UGGUUUUUUGUCGCUUUCUAACUUAGGGUCACCUUGGCUCUAAGUUCCACAUUCCAAAUUCAACACUUAAAAAUGCUGUUAAAUUUAAAACCCCGUCUUGGACUGCAAUUGCCGGGACGCUGCACCCAGCUGGCAAUCAGUCGCUAUGCCAGCAAAGGUGGCGGUAAGGUGGACCAGGAGGUGCUGGAGCAAAUGGAGGAGGGCUUCAAGAAGCUGGCCGAGUCGAAGUCCAAGUCGCUGCUGAAGAAGCAUCUCACCAAGGAGAUCUUCGAGAAGUUGAAGAUGAAGACUACACCGUCGUACAAUUCCACACUGCUGCACUGCAUCAGCUCGGGAAUGUGCAAUCAUGACUCCGGCGUUGGACUCUACGCUCCCGAUCCGGAGGCAUAUAAGGUGUUUGCCGAUCUCUUUGAUCCCGUCAUCGAGGAAUACCAUAAGUGCUUCAAGAAGACGGACAAACAGCCGGCGACUUCUUUCGGCAAAGGUGCGGACUUUGAAAACCUGGAUCCCGAUGGCCACUUUAUCGUAUCCACGCGUGUCCGAUGCGGAAGAGCCGUCAAAGGAUUCCCCUUCAAUCCCUGCCUGACGGAGAACGACUACGCGGAAUUGGAAAGUAAGAUCUGUGGGGUAGUGUCAUCCCUCACCGGGGAGUACAAGGGCAAGUACAUGCCACUGACCGGAAUGGACAAAUGCGUACAGCAACAGCUCAUAGAGGAUCACUAUCUGUUCAAGGAGGGCGAUCGAUUUCUGGCCGCCGCUGGAGCCUCUCGAUAUUGGCCCGCUGGAAGGGGCAUCUUCCUGAAUAAAGCCAAGAACUUUCUGGUGUGGUGCAACGAGGAGGACCACAUACGCAUCAUCUCGAUGGAGAAGGGUGGCGACCUGGGCAAGGUCUACGAUCGCAUGGUUGGCGGCGUGGAGGCGCUCGGCAAGCAGCUGCAGUUCAACAGAGAUGAGCGACUUGGCUUUCUGACCUUCUGCCCCACCAAUCUGGGCACUUCCAUUCGCGCCUCGGUGCACAUCAAGCUGCCCAAUCUAAUGUGCGAGCCCGAGGAGAUGAAAAAGUUGGCCGACAAGUAUCGCCUCCAAAUCAGAGGAACCUCGGGCGAGCACUCAGAGGCUAAGGGCGGGGUGCACGAUAUAUCCAACCAGCGCAGGAUGGGACUCACCGAAUACGAAAUUAUCAAGGAGAUGCACGACGGAAUCAAGGGCCUCAUAGAAGCCGAGUGUAAGGCAAGGUCAUCUUAGUUUUUAAGGCUGUGAUUGAACUCGGACUUCACUCUUUAAAUUUAGGUGUUUUCUUUCAUAAAGAAAUAAAUAUUUGUAUACCAUUUAAAUAAUAUAAAAACAGAGUAGCAAAAUUGGGGCAAUGUAUCUAUCCAUUAAAUACGAAAUAUCCGUUGAGUUUUAA